AUACAACGACCCAUUGCUCUGCUCUCCACCAGCUAAGGAUUUGCACAAGACAAGUAAAUCAAAUCUCAAUAAAGUGGAGUGCACUCCAAACAAACGAAACGACUAGUUUGUUGCCAUACUGGAGAGUCACGUCCGCUCCAAUCUUACAUAAUGUUGAACCGCCUGGGCCGUCUGGCACCGCGCCUCUCUCGUACCGUCCACACGGAGCGCAAAGUGAAAGUUAAUGGCAUUGAUUUGCAUAUCGUGGAGUGCGGCAGCGGUCCCCGGAGUCUGCUGCUAAUGCCCGGUGCCCUGGGAUCGGCCUGGACAGACUUCAAGCCUCAAAUCGAUCAGCUGCCAAAGCUUUUACCGGAGCACACGAUCAUCGCCUGGGAUCCACCCGGCUACGGUAAAUCAGUGCCUCCCCUGCGCAAGUUUGGAUUGGAAUUCUUCCGGGAGGAUGCCCAAGCAGCCGUGGACUUGAUGAGAGCCCUGGACAGACCGAAGUUCUCUAUUCUCGGGUGGAGUGAUGGCGGUAUCACAGCGCUGAUUGUGGCCGGUCGUCAUGCAGAGGCCGUCGAUAAACUUGCCAUUUGGGGCGCUGGCGCCUACCUGAAUGAGGAGGAAGUAAAGUCUCUUCGUAACAUCCGGGAUGUGGCCAAGUGGUCACCCCGCAUGCGGGAGCCCAUGGAGAAGGUGUAUGGAGUGGAGCGCUUCGCUCAACUGUGGGCCGAGUGGGUGGAUGCUGCCUGUUCCUUUUACGACCAAAGAGAGGGCGACUUUUGUCGGUCCGAAGUGGAGCAGGUGAAGGCUCCCACAUUCAUACUGCACGGCAAGAAGGAUCCCAUGAUUGCGGCCGAGCAUGUGCCGUGGUUAAAGGAGCGACUGCCUCAGGCGCAAUAUCAUGAGUUUCCCGAGGGCAAGCACAAUAUCCACCUGCGCUACGCGGAGGAAUUUAACAAACUUGUGGCUGAGUUCUUUAACAAAAAGUCUUGAGAUUACCAAAAGUGACAUGCAAAUUGAAAUCGAAUUUUUUUCUGUCAUGACUAAUGGGGAAAGGCCUAAGUAAUUGAUAAUUAUUUUGUAUCUAUUAACUAAUAAACAUGGUACCAUAAAAGGGAAGACAA